CGAUCUCGAAGGACAUCCUCCAGCAGUCUAGGUUGACCUCCAUCAGUUCGUUUCAGAUUAGCAUUUUCUUCUCAGCUGCCUCUCCUUCCGUACAGACAAUGUCUACCCAGUUGCCUUCCGUAACCUACCGUUGCUGCCAGCUCGCGACUCGAACACAAAAGCGAAGUCUCUCUUCACAAUGCCUGCGCCUAUCAACCACAAGCUCCGCGAACCAGCACAGACGGCGAAAUGAGCAACCUCUAUCAAGACAUGCAAGGAGAUGGCAAUCGACGGACGCGGCAGCAGCACCGAGCGAUCCUAAGAUCUCUGCCAUAGUGGAUCAAAUAUCACAGUUGACCCUGCUGGAGACGGCUGAUUUAGUUGCGAGCCUGAAGUCCCGAUUAAAUAUUCCCGACAUGGCCUUCGCUGCGCCCGCUGCCGCUCCAGGCGCCGCUGCUCCCGCUGCAGUUGAGGAAGAAGAAGCUGCCCCCGCCGCGGCCGAAAAGACCAUGUUCGCCUUGAAACUACAGUCGUUCGAUGCCGGCGCCAAACCCAAGAUCAUCAAGGAAGUCAAGAGCAUGCUCGGCCUGAGUUUGGUGGACAGCAAGAAGUUCGUAGAAAGCGCGCCAAAGGUCCUGAAGGAGGGCGUGCCCAAAGAGGAUGCCGAGAAGAUUGUUGAGACAAUGAAAGGUCUGGGUGCUGUAGUCACCAUGGAAUAGGAAGGACACAAAUGAGGCAAUCACCAAUGCCGACUCUCCGGAAGCCAGCUUUCCUAGCCUCCGCCCGGUGACCAUGAAGACAGGCUCUAUGAGGUGCCGGCCGGGCAGGUGGAAGAAAGACCAAAUAGAUGUCGUCCUGCAUCUGAGGGAGCUGGUCAGCCAUCCUUAGACAAUCCUCAUGCUGCCUGCCUAAAAAGCUCUGGGAGGAAUGGUGUAACUAUAUAAACAUGUGGGGACAGUUGGGAAUGCUUCUGAAUGUACAAUUCAACUUGAUUUUUCUCUCCAACGAACGCUAUGGUCAUGAAUAGCGAGGGAGCAAAUCAUGAACUGUCAUCACAGAGCCAUCUUGACAUUGACCCGACUGUUUCGGUGGCUUCAGAGCAAUCUCGGAGAAGCCGCAAUGCCUUUUCCCUUUGACGCUGAGUCAAUUGCCUGACCAUUUCAACGCCGAAGCACUGUGGACAGGCACAGGCCGGGUCCGAUGCUGUUGUAUUCGGAACGGAUGGAGUCUCGCCGUCUGCCGAACCUUUUCUGCUUCUGGGUUCUCGAUACUCACCAUAUGUCAUCGAUUCCGAGGCGGCAUCUCUAUUGUCUCUCGAACCUCGUGCCAUUAACACCACUA